AUAACAAACAAAUGUUUGAAUAAUCAGUGUUUACAAAAUAUAGUAUUAUUUUCUCUAACUAAAAUGUUUUAAAAAUCCAAAAGGUGAAAGAUUCCCAUUCUGUUUAAGCUAGUAUCAUAAUAACAAGGUGCUUAGAAUUCAUUUUUCCAAAUCAAACGCAACAGGGAAGGUUGAAGGAAACGCAAUUCAAUUCUAUUCAAUCCCCCUUUCCUUCCCUUCCCUUUGCAUUUCGAAAUCCAAAAACCUGUUUUUCGGUUUCCAAGAAUCGUAUAUUCAAUCAAGCAACGAUUUUCUUUGAUUUUGAUCGAAUGGGUCAAGCUUUUCGCAAGCUUUUCGAUACCUUCUUCGGCAAUACCGAGAUGCGGGUUGUCAUGCUUGGUCUUGAUGCCGCUGGAAAAACAACUAUACUCUACAAACUUCACAUUGGAGAAGUUUUAUCCACCGUUCCUACAAUUGGUUUCAAUGUAGAGAAGGUUCAGUAUAAGAAUGUUAUUUUCACCGUUUGGGAUGUUGGAGGCCAAGAGAAAUUGAGGGCACUCUGGAGGCAUUAUUUUAACAACACAGAUGGUCUGAUCUAUGUUGUUGAUAGUCUGGACCGCGAGAGAAUUGGGAAAGCAAAGCAAGAAUUUCAGAAUAUUAUAAAUGACCCAUUUAUGCUCAACAGUGUCAUCUUGGUGUUAGCCAACAAACAGGACCUGAGAGGAGCGAUGACGGCAAGAGAAGUAUGUGAUGGAUUAGGUCUCUUUGAGCUCAAGAAUAGAAAAUGGCACAUACAAAGCACUUGCGCACUCAAGGGCGAUGGCCUUUAUGAGGGUUUGGACUGGUUGUCCUCAACACUAAAGGAGAUGAGAGCUGCUGGAUACUCUUCAUUAGGACUAGGAACUUCAUCUUUCUAGUUUUCCGGGUAUUUUGGCUUUGUGAUUUUGUGAUUGGUGAAUGCGUAACCGUGACUUUGGGUUUCAUCUGAGCGAUGAAGAAUGUAGUUAAUUCGGGUUUCAGGGUACAUAAAGAUAUGUGACUUGCUAUGAUUAUAGAAGUUUGUACAUGUCAAAUGAUUAACUAAAUUCUGUUACUAUAUUGAUCCCCACGUUAAGUGCAUGAAUAUUGGAUACAAAGUUGGAUACCGGCCGGACCAGUUGCUUA